UGACGAAGCGCUUUUUGCCUUUCCACACGCGGCUGUCCACGCUCUCACCACGCGGAAGAUCUAUGAUCGGCGAGGUCGUGAUCUCCGUGGUCGUGAUCUACGGAGAUCACGACCAGAAGGGUGCGUCUGUCUGUCUGAUGACGAUGCCUGACUGCAUGGCCAUCCACUUGUGUGUAUGUGUGUGUGUCUGCAAGACCCAGUUGCGCGUGCCUUCGGCACGCCGGCCUGGACGAGGAUGACCUCCUUUUGGCGCCUGAUGUGUGAGCUAUGGUCUAGUCCUCGACCGCCAUUCCUCUCCGGCGUGAUCGCAGGCAACAGAUGUGAGAUAGUGAUAUCAGUGAGUCAGUCACUGGAUGACACUUCUCCGAGUGUUCUGUGUGCAGGCUGUUGUCAAUCGCCGCCCACUUCUUGUAUUUGAAUGUCUCAUUUAUCGAGGACCACGCACCAGCGGCAGCCAUAUUCCUGCGGAAUGAAGAUCUGCUAAGCCAGGUGAGAGCCAACGCCAACAACAUGACUUCCUGCCCUACCAUAUUGGGUGCUGUCCUCGUGUCUGCAGAUCGAUUGAUCGCGGUCUACGUUUUAUAUUUCCGAGAUCAACAUUAUCUGAGACAGUAUGAGAUAGUAGAGAUACUGCUUGUGACCAUGGGCCACAUCUGAACUGAGAGAGACAGUGUGCCCGAGACUGUGCGAUGUGUGUCUGUGACUAAUAUGGUUAUGUGUGCCACUGGAACAUGGGACACAUAGUGUCCGCCAAAAACAAAGACGCUUGGAGUCAUGAAAAUCGGUCAAAGCGCAAGCAUUGUACGAGA